CCGUCGGAGGAAGUGACCUUUUUGCGUAGCAACAGCCUCUGUUGCUAACGGAGUAUGAGCGGCUGCGGGGAGAGAGGAGCACGCAGGGCCGUGAGUGCGCCGGGAGUUUUACCGCCUUUGGGGCAGGGGGCCGUCGGAUAAACCAUGUCUGCUCCAGCUGAUGAAACUGCAGGAGACCUGCCUGUGAGAGAUGUAGGUCUAAAUCUAGCUGGAAUUGGAGGAUUACAAGAAUCAUCUGCUGCCCAGAAUGUGAAGGCUCGGCAAGCUGUCUCACGGAUUAGUCGUGAGGAGCUAGAAGACCGUUUCCUGCGUUUGCAUGAUGAAAACAUCUUACUUAAGCAACAUGCACAUAAGCAAGAAGAUAAAAUUAAAAGAAUGGCCACCAAGUUAAUUCGGCUUGUUAAUGACAAGAAAAGAUCUGAGCAGAUUGGAGGUGGCCCCAAGCGGUUGGGCCAGGAUGUGGAACUUGAAGAAAUGAUUGAGCAGCUGCAAGAGAAAGUUCGUGAGCUUGAGAAACAAAAUGAAGGCAUCCGCAAGAGACUCAUUUCAACCAAACAGCAGCUCCAAGUUCAAGGCCAUCGGCACACUCCAUACAGCUAUGUUCAAUCUCGCAUUAACACUGGUCUCAGAAAAGUGAACGAGGCUGUCGCCAUCCAAGAUCGCACAAGGAAAGGAAUGAGAUUUCAGGAUGUAGAACUGAGAUCCCCCCAACCCGUGCUCCCAAGAUACGGACAUAGUUUGCUUGAAGAAGCAAGGGCUGAGAUAAGAAAUUUGGAAAACGUGAUUGAGUCACAAAAGGGACAGAUUGAAGAAUUGGAGCACGCUGGAGAGGUACUAAGGAGUCAGAUAAGGAAGAAGGAAAAAGAGUUUGAAGAAUCUGUUCUGCAACUGAAAGAGCAACAAGCAACAGGGCAAAGGUUAAACAUUCGGGACAAUGUGGAAAUGAUAAAGCUCCACAAACAACUGAUGGAGAAAAGCAAUGCUCUCGCAGCAAUGGAAGGGAAAUUUCUUCAGCUUCAAGAGAGUCAAAGGAACCUUAAGGCCAGCCAUGAUGCUUUAAUGGCAAACGGGAAUGAACUCAAUCUGCAGCUUAAAGAACAGCGUUUGAAGUGCCUCCAUCUUGAGAAAGAAUUACAGUCGAUGACUUUUUCAAAACAAAGGAUAGAAGAGUUGCAGGAUAGAAUUAAUGACCUAGAAAAGGAGAGGGAUCUUUUAAAGGAAAAUUAUGAUAAACUAUAUAACAGUGCCUUCAGUGUGAGCCAUGAACAGCAAUGGAAGUUAAAGGAACAGCAACUGAAAUUACAAAUUGCUCAACUUGAGACUGCCUUAAAGUCUGACUUAGCAGACAAAAGUGAAAUCCUUGACAGAAUGAAACUAGAAAGAGACCAAAAUGAGAAGCUGACCCAAGAGAACAAAGAACUGCAAUUGCAUUAUCUGGAACACAAGCAACAGCUAGAUGAACUGAAAAAUCGCAUGAAGUUUUUCACCAAGGAGAGUGAUACUGAAAUGGCAGAACUCAGUGAAGCCCUCAUGCUUAUAAAGGUUCGCAAACAGCAGAAGAAUGGGGACCUUACCUUUUUAGAGAAAAUAGAAGAUGACAUCCAUAAAGACAUGGAAUACGCCAUGCGGGAUCUUCAAGCAACACAUGCAGAAACAGUGCAAGAACUUGAAAAGACACGGAAUAUGUUAAUUGUGCAGCAUAAAAUUAACAAAGAUUAUCAGACUGAAGUUGAAGCAGUGACGCAGAAGAUGGAGGGUUUACAGAAAGAUUAUGAGUUAAAACUUGAACAGUAUGUCCAUCUCCUUGACAUUAGGGCUGCACGCAUCCGAAAAUUAGAAGCUCAACUAAAGGAUAUUGCCUAUGGUACCAAACAGUACAAAUUCAGACCAGAAAUCCUGCCAGAGGAUCCAGUAGAUGAAUUUGAUGAAACUGUCCACUUAGAAAGAGGAGAAAACCUGUUUGAAAUUCACAUCAGCAAAGUGAUAUUUUCUACAGAAGCUGUGCAUGCUUUUGGUGACCAGGAACCUGUAACUUUCUGCACCUAUGCAUUCUAUGACUUUGAACUACAGACAACCCCAGUAGUUCGUGGUCUUAAUCCAUCCUAUAACUUCACUUCACAGUAUCUUGUGCGCGUUGAUGACUUCUUUUUGCAAUACAUACAGAAAAGCACUAUCACUCUUGAAGUUCAUCGUGCCUUAGGCACAGAUUAUGAAACAGCUGCAGCAUGUCAGCUGAGAUUCCAUGAAAUCUUGGAAAAUAAUGGCAGGAUCUAUAGUACAGCAAUUUUAGUUGGAACUGGAGGACAUAUCCCAAACUAUGGCACAGUGGAUUACUGGGUCAGGUUAAGAGUUCCUAUGGAUCAGGCUAUCAGACUCUACAAAGAGAGGUCAAAAGCUCUGGGAUACAUAACAUCCAAUUUAAAGGAACAUGAAAAAGCCCCACAGUUAAAGCAACCGAUACACAGAACUGCCCAAGUCAGCACUUCAGCAGAUGGCGACUUAAAUGAGCUUCAUAUUACAAUAAAAUGUUGUUAUAAUCUCAAGUCCCGAAAAAACCACCUUCAGCCAAAUCCUUAUGUUGUCUACAAGUUCUUUGAUUUUGCAGACCAUGAUACUCCCAUUAUUCAUAGCAGCAACAGCCCUCAAUUUGACGAUCAUAUGUGUUUUCCAGUGCCAAUGAAUACAUAUUUAGACCAAUAUUUAAAAUCGGAAUCUUUGACUUUUUAUGUGUUUGAUGAUGGUGAAAAAGAAGAAGGUGUUUAUGUAGGGAAAGCCAUUGUUCCUCUUAUCUCUUUAGCACAUGACAGAUACAUCUCAGGUACAUUUGAACUAACAGAUUCUGAAGGACAUUCUUCUGGCACCAUCAACGUUGAACUAAAAUGGAGGUUUGCCUAUCUACCUCCAAGUGGAUCAGCAGUGGCAGCAGACCUAGCGAGUUACAUCCAAAAUGAAAAAUCAGUGGCAACUAAAUUACCAGUGAAGGAGGAAGUGCCGACUCUAACCCUGACCCCUUCUUUUACUUCAUCAAUGACAAAGUUCCCAGAAAAGGAACUGACGGAAAUACAGACAUCGGGAGAACAUGAGAGGAAAAAAGACACUCAGAGGCUGAAUUUUGAGGCACCAAAGCCCAAACCAAGACAGCGUACUGCUCUAGCAGACAAGAAAGUGUCUUUUAUGGAUGUCAGCAUACUACAGAUUCCAAGCCCUAUUGCUGAUGAAGACAAUGAAGAAAUUUCACAGAAAAUUAAGGCUGAUACACCCACUGUUUCAAAUGUUCCAGAGGUUAUACAGGAAAGAGUGGCCGAUGAUAAAGUAAAGGAAACUUCUGGAGAAAUUCAGCAGGAAAAAGAUGACCUCUCUCAGCUAUCUGAGGGUCAAUUGGCUGACCAGAGCUCGGCUACUUCUGGAGAUGAAACAGAAAUAACUGAGGAAUUGGAACCAGAAGAUCAAGAUAAUAGACAGGCAACUGAUGCCAUGGAAUCAAUAAUAACUGACAGUGAUGACUGUAUUGUUCCUAGCCCAGUGUCCAAGAAUAUUAAACAGUCAAUAGAAAAAAUUCGGAUUGAGAUUAUAUCCCUAAGUCUCACGGAUUCCCGAGUUGCAAUGGAUGACACAAUACAGCGACUGUUUGUAGAAUGCAGAUUCUACAGUUUCCUUGCGGAAGAGACACCAGUGUCACUUCCUAAACCAAAAAGUGGACAGUGGGUUCACUACAAUUAUAGCAAUGUGAUUCACGUGGAUAAGGUGAAUAACCAUGCAAGGAGAGAAUUCCUAAAGUCUGUACUUGAAGAAUCAGAGUUGAAUACUGGCAGCAUACGAUUUACCGUGGUUAGUGACCCUCCAGAAGAUGAACAAGAUCUUGAGUGUGAAGACAUUGGCUUUGCUUACGUCAGUCUAACGGAGAUAUUUCAGAAAGAAAAAGACAUAAUUGAGCAAGAUAUUGAUGUUUUCGAUUCACAAGAUGAUAGUGCAGUAAUUGGAAAGCUCAAAGUAACAGUGGAGGCCCUCCAUGCUCUGCGCUCAGUCUAUGAGGAACACAAAGAUGACUAGGAGGCAUGAAAGAAAAGUGUGCCUACAGAUGCUGCUUCUCCCAGUGUAAAUACAUUCUUGAUAGCUCUUCGAAGAUGAGAUUUUUGUAAUUACUACAGUAUAUUUAAUGUAUAAUUUAUAUGAAAAGGAUGCUUGAUUUAUAGUUGUAAAGUUUUGUAUACUUUUCAGUCUGUUUGUUUUUAUAUUUCCCCCUAAGGCUAAGACUCCCUCCACAAUGGACAACGUCUUGUAAAUAAUUAAUACCUACAUGAUUGAAUGAUGUGCUUUAUUUGCAUUUUCAACAUUUUUUCUUACAUAAAACAGUAAUAAAAAUGCAAGUUGAAUUUUUAAUUUUUAAUAAAAAAGCUUACGCCUUAGAAAACUGAUUAAAAAUACUUUUAUGUUAUCCCUAAUCACCCCACUAAAUGCAAUGCCUGUGAUUAGCCUCAUUAAGAAUUUUAUACUGUGAAGAUUUUAUUAGAAGCAAUAUAUGAAAAUUACUUGGAUUAAUGUGUUAAUCUGCCUCUUUAAAAUGCUAAUAUCCAUUUUAUGCACAUUAAAUCUCAGUAUGCGUUUUCUUUGAUGCGUGCAGUUUCUAUCAAUUAAAUAUAAAGAAUGAGGCUAGUCGCAGAGACUUAUUAAAUUAUUGCAAGCUUUUUUUAAAAUAACUUUUGCCUUUCUACUAACAUUAUAAGUAGUUGUUUAUGAUUACCAUGAUUUGAAGGAGGGGGAGGGUGACUCAAUUUUCAUAUACAGUAAAAGAGAUUUACAGUUUCAACCAACAGCUAUCAAAGCACAGAAAGAAAAUAUAAAAGAAUCAAUCAGAUUCUGUUCUGCUUAGUUUGAGCUGUAGGGACAGGCAAGUGUUUUUUGAUCACUUUUAAAACUUACAUCAAACACAUACAAUGAUCCUUGUAUCUGGAUAACCGGUGGCUAGAAAGGAGCUUGGAAAGUUAAUUUUCUAGCUUUUAACCAAUCUCAAUGAAAGAUUUAAUUGAUAUUUUUAAUGGAGCUGUGAAUCAAUGCAGCAAAAGGAUUGUCUCUGGAGAACUAGGAUAUAAUGCAUUUCAUUUUUUAAUUUACUUUGUCAUUUUCUUCAAAGGAUUUUAUAGGCUGUGGGUUUUCACUGUUUGCAAACAGGCUAUGUUUCUUCAUAAGCAUAUGUAAAGUAUUCAGAGAGAUAAGUAAUUUAUUAAAAUCUACCUAAUUUGCCGUGAUAUAUUAAAUCUCUGCUUCAGUGAUCACAGACCAUUUCAUUUAGAGAAUUAGGCAUUCGCUCUUUGUGUGAUUAAACCUCUGGAAAAUGAGUUCUUUGCUCCUAUUUGUGAACAUUCAAAGCCUGCUAAUGGCAAGAAGAUGGAAUAGAUUAUGAGACAAUUCAUUACAGUUCAACAGCAAAAAAAAAAGCAGCUAUAAUGCAAAAAAGCAAGUUUGAAUAUCUGCAUACAGUUUGAACCAUCUGUGCUCUAAUCGUGUUGUUAAUGCCUCUUCGUCUUUAGGAGGCUUUGAAAUGACAUCCAUACAAUAUUAAUUUGUUGAUGUACAUUAUGAGGCCAAUGGAAUAUAUUUUGACCACAGAUAUCUCUAAAUUCUACAUGAACUGAUGAAUGCCUCCAUUUUAGGGCCUACCAUCUACAGGAGCAGUAUUGCUCUCAUCCAGACUUUGUAAAUCCUCAUAAUUCAAUCCUCUGGAACAUUCUGGAGACCGCAGGCAUUUACAUUCCUAAACUCCUCCAUUCCUUGUAAACAGCCAUAUGUAUGUUUGUCACUUGGGCUGGCUCUUAGCUCAUUAUUUUGGACACUAUUUCUAGCUUUCUUUGGCACUGUGUAUCUGUAUUGUCAUUAAGACUGUUGUUAUGUAUUUUGGUAAUUUAAAACAGCUAGAUUCAACACUGAGAUUAACCAAGUGGCUUUUCAGAAAUGUAGUUGUGGUAUUCUACCAGGAGGUUCAUAUUAUUAUUCCGAUACUUGCAACCCAUACUAAAUAUC